AUGUACAUUACAUCAACUGGAUUCCUGGACGAUAUAUUGACCAGUAUCACGACCAAGAAGACUGCGCUGUCAUUGACAUGUCUCGAGGUGGCCAAUGGGAUGAUGCUGAUUGCAAUACUGUGGUAUCAGGAGGGAUGCUGUCCUAUCCGUGGAUUUGUCAAUACGCAGGGAGUUGGUCUAGCUGGUUCUAUGGUUCAUGCUCGCUACACGCCUAAUAUGAGUGGUAAAAUGAUUUAUUCAUUACAGUCAAUAGAUACUGGAGUUCCUGGCAACAGUGGAGCACGUGCUCAACAACAUGCGGCUGUAGACCCAAUGGUGCUACAGAUAUUUACUGGAAACCGUUUUCAGCUUCAUGAUCACACGAGCUGGUCGAGUUGGUUUUACGGUACCUGCUCAGUAACAUGUGGACCUGGGACCUCCGGCAAACUAAGACGUUGCAGUACUGGAAAGGAGGCCGAUUGUCCUGGAAAAGCUUUUGAAAUUCUGAGUUGUGACGAAGGUCCUUGUCCUAUCGAUGGCUCAUGGGGAUCUUGGCAAGCGUGGAGUACGUGCUCUACAACAUGCGGCGAUGGAAGCCUUUUUCGCACGAGAAUCUGUAACAAUCCCGCACCUCAGAACAACGGACUCAAUUGCAGUGGUUCUUUCAAUGAAACUUCAACGUGUAACCAUGGAGACUGUCCACACUGGUUGCCGUUCUAUGAAACGUCGACGUGCAGUACAACAUGUGGAGCGGGUUUCCUUCAGCUCCGGAGAAAUUGUAGCUCUGGAAAUCCUAGAGACUGCCAUGGCAGUGAAUAUAGUGAAAAGCCUUGUAAUCUUAUGGAUUGUUCUUAAAGAAAUCACAAUAAAAACAGAGCUAAUACAUAUUUCUAUUUGUUAGGAAAAUGACUUUGUAAGUUCUUGUAUCUAUGGUAUUCUUUUGUCCUUCAAAAUAUACAGCUUUGAGCUGAACAAAAAAUCAAAUCCCAUUACUAAUGAAAACGUGAUUGCGCCUUGAGCCUGGCAAAUAACUGAAAAGUCAUGGGCACGCGCAGUUGUCGAUGUGUUAAGAAUCUACUUCCUUUCCUAUCUACGGAUCAAGGGGUCGUGAGUUCGAUUCCCGGGUGAGGCAUAUGUUCUCCAUGACAAUUUGAUGAAAGGCAUUGUAUCUGAAAUUACUGUGAAAUCAUUCAUAUUUGUGGGGGACUAAUUUUCGUAGAUUUCGUGGUUGAGUCAAUCUAUAUCAACUAGGGAUGAUAGUCUGAUGCAAAAGGUAGCACCUACAGAUCAAGGUAAGACAUCUGGACAGUAUUUUGGAGGUUUUAAUGUUGAUGAGCUGAAACUGGUUAAGCGUAAUGACACAGAUCUUAAAGACCUGAUAAACUGGCUAGAGGACAUCAGGGAACCUAACCCUUCAGACCUGUUCAAAGCCAGUCCUGCUCAAAUAUCGUACUGGUUAAAUGGA